AUGUCCUCAUCACACGCUUCCAGCUCUGCCUCGGCACUCAACUCGAGCUUCCUUCGCCGACACCCCGCCAGCUUGAUCCCCAAGCUGGUCCACAACCCCGCCCUCACUGACCUCAUCAAGAGCCCCGUCACCCGCGAGAUGGUCGUCUACCUCGCCAACCAGGCCGCUCACGUCAUCCAGUGCGGCUCGACACAGUCCCCCGACACUCCGCCAGCGACACCCACCCGCUGCCUCGCCACGGCCGAAGCCGACCCCGCGGGCAAGCUCGAGAUUAACGGCCUGCCCAGCCUGGAGACCUUCAUUGCUCUCCUGGUCGAGCGAUCCAACGUCCAAGUCCCCACCCUGCUCUGCACCCUCGUCUACCUCGACCGCUUGAGGUCUAGGCUGCCGCGCGUCGCCAAGGGCAUGCACUGCACUCGUCACCGCGUCUUCCUCGCUACCCUCAUCGUUGCCGCCAAGUACCUCAACGACUCGUCGCCCAAGAACAAGCACUGGACCAAGUACGGCGCUCUCUUCUCGCAAGCUGAGGUCAACCUCAUGGAGAAGCAGCUUCUCUACCUCCUCGACUACGAUCUCCGAAUCGAGGAGGACGAGCUCAUGGUCCACUUUGCCCCCUUCUUCCGCCGCGUCGAGACGCGUGCCGAGGCCGGUCGUCGCGAGAUGCACCUCCGUGGUCUCGAGUGUGGUCGCGAGCGCGAGCGGUACGUCCGUGCUAGCGAGCGCCGCGUCCACCUCCGCAACCUCCCUGCUUCCGAGGUUCCCUGCUGGAACCAGCAGACCGAGGCGAGUCGCUACGAGCAGCACCGCAGGUCGGCAGCCUACGACUCGCCCGACUCGCUGGAUGCCUCGCCCAAGGAGAUGUACAGCCACGCGUCGUCGUCGUCGCUCAUGACCCGACAGGACUCGGUCGAGUCGAACGCCAGCUCUACCUCCUCAGAAGCCGAGCUCACCGACGACAACGGCUCCUCGUCGUCAUCAGCGGAAGACUUUGACGACUACGAGGAGGACGACUACCUCGAGCAGGAGGGUCUCAACACUCGCAUGCAACAGCAUUCGGUGUCUGGUCUUCCUUCCAGCCAGUCGCACCCCGUCAUGGUCGCUCACGGCGAUGACCUGGAUGGUCACAAGUCGGGCUCGGUCAUGCACCGCUACCUCUCGCAGGCCUUGCCUUCGAGUCUCAAAAAGAGCAACGCAUCGCACCCCGACAUGCAGCAGCCGAGCCAAGCGCACAUUCCGACGUCGCACUCGAUGCGCAGCGUGCGUGGCAGCUCCAACCUUCUCUCUAGGAUGCUCGGCGGACACCAGUCCUCCGCAGCAUACUAA